ACUGCCGGCCAACCACAGCCUGCAUAAUCAAGUAGUGAUGACAUUGGCCAUAUUGACAAACGCGCACAAUGAAGGCUCCCUGCCUCUCCACUGAUGACUCAUGCACACAGGGCCCCAGUGGAUAAACCUGCCCAUGAUCUGCGUACAACCUGUUGUAUACCACAUUCCCAUACUGCCGAACACUUUACACAGAGGCCGUUAUUAAAGAUAAUAUUGUAAAAGAUUUUAAAAACUAAAAUGUCCUUGUAUCAAGUGACUGAGAUAGGUGGACAGUUAGCUGAGAUGGGUUCAGGUGACUUCCAGUCUGUAGCAACCGCUGGUGGAUAAAUAUCGCACAGCUUACAGAAGAACAUCGGCCAUGUUAACAACUCUAGCUCACAGCAAACAUCUGUACUAACCUGUGGUAGCCAUCUUGAGCAAUGGCUGGAUUACUUUGUGAGGAUAUGAAUAGUAGACACUAUUGUCUAAAAAUUACUUUAACAUUAACUUCUGCAGGAUGAUAUUGCAACCUGUUAAGGGCCUCGUGUUUCUCUUGGAUUUGAUUGGUUGUUAAGUUUUUGGCUAAUCAAUGGCUCAACCAAUGGACACAAGUGAGAGUUUGUGUGAAACACGUGCUGUUGACGAAAAUGCAAAUGGACUUUCUUGGGGCAUCAUUGAACCUGAUGGUCUUGCUGAUAUUGUCCACAAGGGAACCUGCAAGCUUCUACUGAUUGACAGUCGGUCAUUUCUGGAGUUCAACACCAGCAGUAUUCAGCAAUCGGUUAAUGUGUGUUGCUCCAAGCUUGUUAAACGCAGACUUCAACAGAACAAGGUGCACAUCCGCGAGCUGCUGCUCCAGAACUGUCACAUGGAUGUGGAUGAUGACUCUGACGUCAUCGUGUACGACCAGUGUACAGAGGACCCCGCCCUCUUUACCGAAGACAACUUCGUCUUUGUCCUGCUGCAGAAACUGUCAGCGGCGUACAAAAGUGUUACCUUUCUCAAAGGGGGCUAUUUGGCGUUUCAUGCUAUGCACCCGUCUCUGUGUGAAAACAAGUCGACCUGCAGCUACAAGUGUGCCCCCCUCACCUCCCUGUCUCAGCCCUGUCUGCCCGUGAGCAACGUCGGACCAACCCGCAUCCUGCCCUUCCUCUACCUGGGAUCUCAACAGGACGCUCUCUCUCAGGAAAUCACCCAGAUCAAUGGUAUUAACUAUAUACUCAAUGUGAGUAUCACCUGUACAAAACCGCCAUUCAUCCAAGAUGGCCACUUCCUCCGCAUUCCAGUCAACGACAACUACAGCGAGAAACUCCUUCCCUUCUUUUACCAAGCAUUCCAGUUCAUAGACAUGGUGCGUGAGGCGAACGGCUGUGUGAUGGUGCACUGUCUGGCCGGGAUCUCGCGCUCCCCGACUCUCGCCAUCGCCUACAUCAUGAAGCACAUGAACAUGUCAUCAGAUGAUGCUUACAGAUAUGUUAAAGAAAAGCGUCCCACGAUCUCUCCGAACUUUAACUUCCUGGGUCAACUUCUCGAGUUUGAGAAGCAGCUGAAGAUGGAGAACGAGAACGCUGGUUCCAGCGGCAGGGAGAAGAGUCGCCGGUCGAAACCGUUCGUGAUGGACCUCCAGCUGUGCAGUCCGCCCUCCCCGGGAACCAAGACCGUCAGCAAGUCCUUCUCCUUCGACAGUCUCUCCUUCGACAGGUCGUGGAGUAGAGAACUGAUGUCUGAUUCGAAAAACAUAUUCCUAACGUCAAGGGAACGCAAGUCGUGCUGUGAUGUGGGUAUCGAUCGUGAUGGGGACGAGGAUACCACUCCUUCGGUAAUGUGUGUAGAUGUAAAAAGUGAGUCAGUUCAGUUUAUAAAGGAUGAGAUGGUCCAAACAAAAGAGAAAAAACUCUUUGUGAAACCUCCAGAUAGCAAUAGCUUGUCUGCCAAGCCAAGUGAUGCUCUGCCUAGCAGACCUCUUACUGAUGGCGAGACAUUUAGCUUACCACCAGUGGAUGAACGGUUAGAACUGCCACCAGAUUUUCUCACAGCGAAAGUGCCCUAUUUAGAGACUAAAGUGGUGAAAACUGAGAAAAAGUCAAGCUGGCAUUCAGAGUCAAAGACUGUUAAACUUGAAACAAAGACAUUAAAUUUGAACAAACAUAGCUUUUCAUUGAAUUUAUCCCCUUCAUCGUUGACACAGCAAGCAGUGCAAUCCACCUCCCUAACGCCAUCCCCCAGCAGGCAGUUCAUACUAUGUGGCAUAUCAAACGGGUCAGACACACUGGUGUCGAAAAACAAGUUGAAAACUCUCAAAGAGCUGGAGCUACCUCCAAAGAUACUUCACCUCUCAUCUCCAACAUCAGCUAUGGCAAAGCUCAAUUUCCAUCAGUCAUUUACUGACACAUCUAGUGACAAACAUAACACAGUAACAGACAGUGCUAGUGUUGAAAAACACUUAAAGUUAUCCGAUUCAGACACAUCAAGUUUCAAGUAUACUAUUGAUCACAACUUCGACACACAAGAGACGGACACUGGCAACACUCAUGUGAAAAAGAUCCCAAAUGUUUUAGUUAGUGAUUCAAAAUAUACUAUUGGUCAGAGUGUUGAGAAGCAUUCUGAGUUGUUGAACUUCCCGUGCACAUCCCUGGACAAACUGAACUUCACUCCUUGCCUGGCCAGUGAUGAGAGCCCGGUGUGGCCCAGACCUGCGAGCACGAGGCAGUCAACGAGUUCAGCAUCUUCCGACUCGGGCAUCCUACCUGACCAGAUCUCCCCCGUGUCCGUCAGCAGUCUCAGUUCGUGUGGCAGUGCCACCAUGUCUGUGACAGCCUCGCCCAUCAAAACAAACUAUGUGCCGCGACGCAAGAAAUACGAGUCUGUUGUCCGCUCGCUGAGUUCUCCCAUCUCAGAAACGAAACCCACAGACCAGUCAUCACCCAUGUCCAUCGGCAGCAGCAGCUCUGCUGGGUCAGGUGUUCAGUCUCCCACUGCAUCAUCAUCCACUGCCAAAGUGAAGUUACGUUCGCGGGAAAACAAGGCCAAGAGGCCAAUAAUCAGACCCAACAGUAUUGCAUUCUCAACAUAUCCAACGUUCGACCUGGGAACAGAGUCGCAGCAUUCCUCCGAUUCGGGCAGCAUUUCUCAAGACGACUCCUCCGAGGCUUACAUGUUACGUAACAGCAAGAAAUCAAAACAGACCCACCCCGAAGAGGAUUCCGGGAAGCCGUUUCGCUGGGGUCGGUAUUCCGAGCGCGAGGUGUACAAACAGAUUACGGCGGCCAUGGAGAGCGCUAUGCUGCGGACUAAGGCUUACGAGGAAUCACGUAAAGCGCGCAGCCUGGACGAUAUCCUCAGUUCGGAGCACGCGGUCAUGUCUAGUGAUUGUAUUAUGUUUGGUAAGGUUCCGCAACACUGCGGCGGCGUUGUCAUGGACCCGUUCCCAUCCCCGAACGCAAUGUUUGAGCACAUGCCGUGUCGGUGUCGCGGCUCCUCCGACCCAUAUCAGUCUAACAGCAGCAUUUCCUCGAGCGGCAGCCACAGUUCGCUGCACGGAAGUCAUGAGAUCAUCCAGCUUACUACACUGAAUCAUCAGCCAAAUAAUCAUCAUAAAAUAAAAGGACUUCCUCAUCGUUGAUGGUGGUAAGUCCUGUCUCGUGUACCUCAGGUUUGUGUGUGUGUAUUUUGUCAGCGUGAUGCGUGCCUUAUCACUGGCUGCAUUCUACAACAACCUCACAUCUCGCCAAAGGAGUUUUUUCUUCUUCGUCUUUGUUUCCAUAGUGAUAUUUGAAUGUUAAAAACUUUGUUACUCCAAUUAGGUUAUUGAGGCAAUGUGAUUUUUUAAACAUUUGUGAUUGCACUUGAUAUUAAAUGAUUGUUCAUUCCUUUAUGUGUCUAUGUGGUUCUGACAAAAAGUUGUAAAGCAACAUAUAUAUGAAACAGGUGUAAUUAUUUGUAGAUGUCAGCUGUUUGUUGAAAUGUGAAAGGUAUACAAUAAAGGAGGUCUAUAUAGUCAAUAUUUUAAAUAUGUAAUCAAAGUGAAGCAAGUAUUUUUAUUUUGAAGUAUACCUGGGCAUGUUAAGUAUUUAAUGCAAAUUACUCUUUCCUGUGAUAGCGUCUUGGAAUCCACAGAUAAGCACUGUCAAAAUGUAUUCAAGAUGUGUGUAGGCUUCACUGCCAAUUGAUUUGUAAAUGUGUGCGUCAUAUAAUUUGGAUGUUAAAACACCAUUUUUUUCAUUGUUCCAAACAGGUAUUUAGUUCCAUUAUGGUGUUUCGGUUCAGAAGACUAGCUAGUUAGUAGUCACCAGUUUAAACUACAGCACUACCAAACGAGGUUUAUUCAAGAUUAACGGAGUAGAGAUAACAUGUAUUGACAGACAUAAGUUAAGAGACAAAAUGCUUGAAUAUUUUUAAUUCUUUUUGGAUUAAUAAUAAAAAAAUAUAUAUACAUAUUACCAGUGAAUACUUUUAAAUAUCAACUUAUCAAGUUAUUUUCAUUUUAUAUAAAGGUAAACUUUUAAUGUAAUUUGCAUUACUUAUUUUGUUACAAAUAAAAAAAUACAAACAAUUUAAAAUAAGAAAUUUCCCCAAAAGUUUAUUAAUAAUGUCAGGUGUAAUAUGAUAAUACCAUAUGGCAAAUAAAUAAGGGAACAUUAGGCAUUAUAGACGGAAUUUAAUUAACUAUUAGUGUCAUAAUGUCGGGUUUUGGUUAGGGUAAUGUUGUGUAUAAGAUACAAAGAUGUAAUGGUGAGAUUGAAUGUCAGUAAAACUUUUAUUUCCCUCACACCAUGGAUGAGGGGUUUGGUUGCAGUCACUCCUUCCUGUUAAGUGUUGGUGUGAACCUUAUUUGUUUGAUCAGUAUGUCAUAAACAUUCAUGUAAGAGCAUUAAUUUCUUCAGAUAUGUAUACUAUAUGUGAUUUUAAAUCCAUCGGAGUUGCAGAACUAGUCAAAAUGUCUUACUGUGAUGUUCUUUGGAUAUUACUAUUAUUUGUAAAAAAAAAAAAUUGUAUAAAUGCAGUAUACAUAUCAUUUUAAAAUCUGUUGUAUUUGUAAUUUAAAAUUUAUUUGUGGUAGUUGCAUGCCACUAUUGUUGUGAAAUUAUUUUCUCAGGACAGUUACUCUUAAAAUUUAAAAAUAUAGGUACAUGUAGUGAAAAACCAUUUUAGUGUACACAACCUGUUGCAAAUAUACCUCACCGAUAUUAAAUAGUUAUAUUAUAAUUUGUUUUGUUUAUACCUUAAAAUACGUAACUACCUGUUUCUUUUGGUAAAAAUAUAAAGCAGUUAAUUGACUUACACCUUAGAAGACCACAAAAAGUGCAAAAGAUUCUAAGUUUGAUUUUGUCAAUUCCUGUCAAUCAUUUUAACAUGUCAUAACUUAAUUUAUUUUAUUGAUAAGCAUAGGAACACUAUCAAAAAUAUCUCUUGGACUACUGGUAUUUCUUUUCUUGCUGGUUGUGGCGAUAAUUUCUUAAUUCCUUAUUAAUCUGUUGAAUUUGGGUUUAGUUUUUGUAAAAUCCAGCUAAAAUAAAACAAAUUAAUAUAAAGUCAGUCUAUAGGAAAUAUUUGUAAAAAUGUUAUCAAUGCAGAAAUAUCCCUGGCUUGUUAAAGACUUCCAAAAAGAUUUCACAAAUCUUGAAUAAGCCGUUUGAAUACAUUCAGCCUGUUAAAACAUUGAGCACUGUCUUGUCAUACAUCACCUGCAGAUGAACUGCUGCAACUGAAGGCUGGACUGAAGUUUUCAUUUGUAACAUAUUUUCAUGCUUAUAUCCAAUUAUAGUUCAAGUAUGCUGUUGUGGGCACACACCUCAGCUGUCUGGGCUGUCUGUUCAGAACAGUGGAUUAGCGGUUUAUUUGUAUGCAACCAGACAAUAUACUGCAUUAUACGUUUUGCUUUAAUUUUAAGCAGGACUAAAGAAGGAAGUAACAAAUCAGUUUUAUAAACCAGAAGGUAGAGAAAACAUCUCAAAAUUGGAACUCAUAUAUUUAAACUACACAACAAUUAGCAUAGAAACAUAAGCACUGUUGUUUUCUUUAAAGUGUUUUUAUAGUCAUGUAUUUUCAAGUUCACUUAAGUCCAGAACUGAUCCAUACUUUGCAGCAAAGUAACAGAUAUAGUUUAACUUAGUCAUAAUAGCAUGGUAGUUAGACAUAUUCACUAAGCUGUAUUUAUUUUUAACCUUUUUAAAAAUUACUCGGAUGGUGUUGUCCAUCUGAUAAGUUUUUCAUUUCUUGAACCAUAUCUUGGAUACUGAUGCGUUCUGGACCAUCAGACCUCACAUAGAGGAACAACUUGGGAUGGGUGUUGUGUCACAUACGAUACCAUUACUAGGUCACGGUGGCCUACGUUUUAUGGUUUAAUGCACAUGAAAGUGAAUCCUUGUUCUGGGAAUAUCUUCUUUGUCAAUUCAUAUAGGUUCUAGACACCUGAUCUUGUAUCACAGAUAAACCACUUAAUUUAUCUAGAUUUAGAACAUCGUAGAAAAUGUCUUGUUCAGCCUUUGAAGAAGCCAAAACAGUUAAAUUUAUCAGAAGUUGACAAUACAUUCAUAAACUGUUUCUCUGCCAAUAUAAAUGUAUUAUCAUGGUUCCCAUACUACAAACUGUUCCCUUUUUAAUUUUAAUUUUUAAACCUAACCAAACACACAAAAAAUAGCUUCAUAAAUCAGACAGCAAUUUCUCCAAUAGGUGCAGUAUCAUCAGUAAUUGGUCCAAAGUGAACUGUUAAUCAAUCCCAUUACACAAACCUCAAAUAAUUAUAAUCAAGCCAUACACCUAACACAUUAAUAAAUGUGUGUUCUUCUCAAUCAAACUUCUGAUGGGUGUAUCAUGUACCUGAUCGGUACUCUUGUUUUAAAUGAUUAUCUUUUGUUUUAAAUAACAACUCUUGUACGGGUAUAUUUUCACCAUGUUUUAUCCUGUUGUAUGAUUCAGAAUAUAUGAUGUUUGUGUUA